UCAGUUGGUGGGCAGGAACUGUGUCGGUUGCUGAAGGAGCUGAGAGAGAGCGAGCGAACGAGCGAGAGAGAGAGAGAGAGAGAGAGAGAACAGUGUCUGGAUCAGCUUGGACUGUCAUUUCAGACAUUCAGAGAGAGAUAGUGAAAGAGAGAGAGAGAGAGAGAGAGAGAGAGAGCACAGCACAGCAGGAGAGGGAGGUAUAUCAGAGGAUGUGGUUUCUCUGAGCUUGCAGAACAUUGCACAUACUUUGAGCAUGACCUAAACAGCAGCACGCGAAGUGUAUUUUCUGCGCUCCGUUAGCCGCCUGCCGCAGGAGGACCCGUCCGCUUGGCAUCUCGGGGAGCACGGAUCUUAUUGUUGUUUUUGUGCCGACACAUCAAAGGAGAUUUGAAUCCAGUGACCAUCCUUCUUGCGGUUCACACGUCGGUCAGUGGAGUCGCUCAACAGCUUGACUUCUGGUCAGUCACUUAAACUUGCAGCGUCUGCGUGCCGGCACCUUCAAGACAGCUUUCAGUGAGCACUCGUUCAGCAGAAAUGGGCUGCGGGUUGAGGAAGUUCCGUCAGACGGAAGACAACAGUCCGGGAAAGAUCUACUCCACCCUCAAAAGGCCGCAGGUGGAGACCAAGACUGGGGUCGCACACACGUACCAGCACUUGGACUUCCUGGUGGGGAAAGAUGAUGGAACGUCCACGCUGUGUCUAUCUUCAGUGAGAGAGCUGCCGUCUCAGCUGCAGGAUCUUUACCAGCGGGGUUUCAUUCUGGCAGCUGUGCACCCGUUCGUGCACCCGUGCAGUCCGGAGCCCGCCAGCGUCCAGCGCCAGCUCUAUCGGGCCGUGCUCAUCAAAAUCUCUGACAGCUGGGAGACGAAUCCAGACUUUGAGCCGUACCAUCUAAAGCUGGAGGAGUGCAUGUCUGCCGAGCAGAUCCCAACCUCAGAACACAUCCAGGGCUAUGUGAAAAAACAGAUCCAGGAUGCUGCAGAUCAAGGCAUCAUGUUUGUAGGCUUCAUCCAGGAGCCAGCUGGCCUACGCCCACACGUGCUCCGGCACGGAGAACCAGAGGAACCCUCCCUCUCCCUGCACUCCAGCCCCAGCUCGUUGCACGGCUCCGGGCUAACUCCCAGCCCCAGCCCCCUGGAGGAGCCGGAGCUUGAAGACGAGCCCGGAGCGGAGAACAGGGGAGGUGAGACUCAAAUAGAGGACGUAAAAUCUGCUGCAGGUGAAGACGGAGAUGAUCUAUCCAAAUCUGGUGAAACACAGCCAGGAGAUGCACUCACACACAACAACAACGACACGGCCAAAAUCACAGACACCACAGAGAAACCCGGCAGGUUGCUUCGGGCUAAGAGAGGAGCUGAGCUCUUCGGGUUGUUUAAUUACCCGGGUCGUCGUGAGGGUCAGCUCAAGUACUACACGGUUAAAGUGCCUCUGCGGAUACAGCCGAUGGGUGAAGGUAUAGGCACUUUAGAAGCCAACUGGCUUGAUCACAUGACCCAGCAUUUCAACAGCGGUGCGUCGCUUGUGGACGGAUACUUUCAGCUGACCAAUGACAAUGCAGAUCCGCUCACUAAAACGGUGGACAGCGUGUUUGUGUUCCAGGAGGGCGUGGAGGGCGACACAAACGCAGCGGCUGCGUAUGACGCUAUAGUGGUGGAACAGUGGACGGUCAUUGACGGUUUACAGGUGAAGAACGACUACAUUCCACUGCUGCAGUCACUGGCCUCGUUCGGAUGGAAACUCACGUGCGUGCUGCCUACACCUAUCAUUAGGACAAACAGUGAUGGAAGUUUGGCAACCAAACAAAUCGUUUUCCUUCAGAGACCAAUGCUGCCCCGCAAGAAGAAGGAAUCUAAGAAAGUCAUCUUUAAAGCACGGAACAAGUGCAACAAGAACUCCGUCAAAGACGCGCCAAAGGACAAGAAGAAGAAAGAGUGCACGCCCGCCGCAGAGAAGCUGUGUGAUCAAAAGAUCAGUGACGGAGCGGAGAAGAUCACCGAGGAGAGAAAUGCGAGCGCGAAUGAACGACAGAAAAAGCUAAAUAAUGAAGUUGACACUGAAGUGGAAAGCGGAGAGGAAAAGACGCAGGAACUCUAUGAGACAGAGGAAGGAACAGCGACAGGAAGUGAGGUAGGGGAAAAACAGGAAGUGCUGUGCGGUAAUAAAGAGAGAAAAGGAAAUCCCCAAAAUGAAAAUCAGCAUGAGGUAGAAGUAAAAACACAGGUGGAGAUGAGCCGCGACGCCUCACCCGCAGACCAGCAGACAGCACAUCGGUGCAAUGAGGUGGACGGCUCAGUAGACGAACCGUCACAUGGCGACGUCUCGGCCAAUCAGGAUUGAAGAUGCUCUCCAACUCACGUGACCAAGAGAUGUAGACCUUUAUGAAUGUUCAAAAUAAACAUCCUUAAAACAAGACACAUUUAUAAGAUAUACAGCACAAUAUCUUGACGUUCUCUCACUCCAAAAUCAUUUUUCUUGAUCGUCAUACCACAGACGAGUAAUAUGAAGUACAGUUCUUUAAAUCCAUGAGUGUUGUCUUGUAUUAAGAAUGUUUAAACACUUGAAAAUAAAGACAAUACAGACUAAUAAAAUGAUUUACAGAUCCAGACGGCUACGGACACCUCACCUGACAUUGCGACCUCUUGUAACCAAUGCCGCUGGCGAGAUUUCAUCCCCCUGACCGAGAUCUUUAAACGAGCGAUAGGACUCUAGUACCUAGGAAAAGAGGAGAAAUGGGAUGAGAUUGUUUUCAGUAAAUGCACUGGAUGGGAAAACCACAUGAAUAUUUAGGGCCGAGAGCCGGCUGAAGGACUCUACUGAAGAUGACAGGCGUGCGCGAGCAGAGGGUUACACUGUUGCGAGAGGCAAUCGACUGUGAUGUAAGGUGCACGUGUGUGUGUAUAUUUUUGUUUUGAUGUUUGUAUGAAUAUUUCACAGUUUAAACAAAACCGAUGUCAAUGUAACGGAAGAGCAAUGUAAGAAAAGUAUCCGAUUAAGUUUCCUGUAACUUUUAAAAUAUUUGUUUCAUACAUGCAACUACAGGUUACGGUCACAUUUGGCGUUUUUUCAAAUUUGCUUACAAUUUUUUACUUUUUUAACCCCAAAAAAUUCCGAUUGCAGCUUUAAUCGGACAACUUUUUGUUUAUUGAAUCUCAUCCCUCACGAUUUUAAAAGCAUAGCUUACCCAAAAAUCCAAGUUCUGUCAUCAUUUACUCACCCAUGUACCGUUCCAAAAACGUUAACCUUUCAUUAUUUGUGACAAAGGAAAAGAGAUUCAAUAAUAUCAUUCAAGUAGUCUACGCCAGUGGUUCUCAAACUGGGGGCCGUGGCCCCCUGGGGGGGCCCCAAGAUGGAUCGAGGGGGCCACAGAUUUUGUGGCAUUUUAUGAAAUAUAGAAAUUUAUCAUAGAUUUUAUGCAAUCAAACAUCAGAAAAAUGACACCUCCAACCAAAAUAAUUGAGGUUUUAGCAUUGUAUAACUGAAUGUUUUUGGUUUAAUUAAAAUUAUAAGUUUAAGAUUAUACGUCUUUAUAUGGGGGGCCGCAAAGCUAUGCACUUAACACAAAGGGGGCCUUACAACUUAAAAGUUUGAGAACCACUGGUCUACUCUAUUUGUCUGGUAUAUUCCAAGUCUCCAAAACCUAGUGAACUACAACUGUAGGCAACAUUUCCCCAAUAGGCUGCAUCCUAAAGUGUCUUUUUUUAAACCUUUGUGGGUAGAUGUCUAUGUAAAAGCCAAAGUCUUCUAAAGCUCUGUGUGAGGAACAGGCGGAAGGUUAAAUUGUUAUUUGCCACUCCACAGCUCUCGAAUCUCGUUCAUACAUUCAAAUAUGGUGCGUCGAGACAUGUCACGCACGGUUUGAAAUUAAUUUAGGAGGUUUUUGGAAGUGGCGGGAUUUCGUUUUUUACAUAGUGACAGUCUGCCCUAGCGCUCAAACGAACCAUUUUGAAUAUUUUUCUCAAAUUAAAAAUCACACAUGUGACCAGGGACCACAAAACCAGUCAUACGUAGCACUUAGUUGUAGCAAUAGCCAACAAUACAUUGUAUCGAUUUUUCUUUUAUGCCAAAAAUCAUUAGGAUAUUAAGUUAAGAUCAUGUUCCAUAAAGAUAUUCUGUAAAUUAUUUUUGUGAGUGGAUGCAGGAAAAUGGCGAACAAAAAUUGCCAGAAAGACGCCUACCAACUUCACUCGCCGCUGCCCGCUCUUUGGGAAUUACCAAUGCAAGUUUGGUAUCAAUGUAACGCUUAGAAUUUCUGCUUUCGGGUUCAUCUAUUCUCUACGUCGUCAUUACAUCGGUUAGCCAAUAGAGAGCGUUAAAACAAACCUGCCACAGCGCCUCUGAUGGACAACUUUAAAGAUCAUUUUCUCAAUAUUUUGAUUUUCUCGACCACAUAUAUUGUCCUAUCAUAACAAUCCAUACAUCAUUUACAAAGCUUAUUUAUUCAGCUUCCAGAUGAUGUAUAAAUCUCAAUUUCAUAAAAUAAUCACUGGUUUUGUGGUCCGGGGUCACAAAUCUCUAGACAAAAAGACAUGCGCAGAGAUUCACUUAGGAAAACGAUGGGCAAAUUCAAUCUUUUUCUUUUUAUAAUUAGCAGGUGUUCACACAAGUGGCGUUCACACAUCACAAGCAGCUACACAUAGGAAUUGCAUAAAAGACAUUUCAUCACAUCAACUUCAUGAGAGCAAAACCACAUCGUCGUUAUUACGUGGACCGCAGUCAUUUUCAAUUUGCAUAAAAGAGUAAACGGCCACGUGGAUAAUGCAGACAGAAGGGUGUAAUAUAGAGGGGUUAUGGGAAUGAUAUUAUCACCAUGAGCGGCUUAAAGUGAACAACAGAAAAUGAGCACAGUCGCAUUGACAGGGUAAUGUAGUUAGGCAUUUUCUCUAAAGCUUUUAUUAACGAAACCAAUAGUAUUUCAGUCUUUAAUCCUGGAAUGAGAUCCAGUAAUCCAGCAGAAUCACACAAGACUAUGAUCUCAGACGGAAUGUUUCAUCCUCACAUGGUUUAGAUCGGUUUUAGCAAAGUCUAAUGACGAAUGCAUUUGCAUUAGAUAAUAAAAUAUCAAACCAAGUGGCGUAUAUAUUAAAGCAACACCAACAUAUUUCUAGAUACCUUCUGUUUGUUAAACUCCACUAAAAUUACCAACAGAUUUGGAGCCAAAGGGGGUGAAAAAGUGUUCUGAAUAACGAUCUUUAAGCUUCAUUUAUUUGCAAGUGCCAUUUUGUUUUUUUUUCACUACGAUUUGAAAUCCGUUUGGAGCCCAUCGUAUACCUUACCUGAGCUGUAAAUGUGUUUUCCAGUCAGUCAGCCGUGUUGCGCUGGUGUCUGCCUGUAUUUAUAAUGUGGGUUUGCAGCGUCAGGGGUUUUCCAGCAUGUGGUCUUCUGGAAGGGCACGCGGGCGGUUCACAGGGGGCCUGCAUUAGCUCUAAUGGCCGGAGGGGUCACAUUUAAAACCGUAAUAGCUUUUCCACUCACCCCUCCUGCUGGGAAAUUCGUCUCCAGCGCUUGCUCUCCUCGCAGAGGGUCACGCCUUCCGACUUCCCAAUAUAAGAUGCUGUUUCCAAUCUGUCAGCAGACGCUUUGAUGAAAAUUCACUUUGCACUUUCCGAGUGUGUUUCCUGGCGCGUCUCUGUGUUCUUCUCCCAGCAGUUUCAAACACGUCGUCAUUAUAAUCGUGUUUUGUCACAGUGUUGUUUGUGAGACGGCGGCUGAGGGGGAGAUUGCCUGUUUGAUUGUUUGACGAAAAAAGAUUCUCAAACGUUACUUGUUGAUUAUCACUGACAGAUAUGUGCCAUAUUGCUGUAUUCCAGAUACUGUAGUGCGGGCAUAUGAUAAGCAUGGCUUUUUUCUGUUAUCCAUUGAGGUAUCUGGCUGUGUUUGCAAUAGUAUUGUAGUACUGUGUACGGCACUUUGAAUGUUGUAUGCCGCCUGUUAUUUUUUAAUAACAUGUCAAACAGUUCAGAAUGAAUCAGGACAUUUUACCAAAGGUAGAAAGGGUUGGAUACAAUUCUGAGUGCUUCAGAUGCCUUAACCAUGGUAAAAAAAUGCCUUUUAGAAUUACGUCAAGAAAUAGAAUAGCGAAUGACAAACUCAAGUCAGGCGCCUUGCAUUGUGGGAUACAUCGUGGUGUGCUUACGUUACGGCAGGGCUGUACAUACAGUAUAUGUCGCACAUAUGCUACGAAAAAAUCGGUCUGUGCUACGAAUAAAUUAAAUAGCGUAGCACGCGUACGAUACAGUUUGGCAGGUGCAUUAGACAGAGCCGCUUGUUUGUGUGAAGUGCGUUUGUCGUCGUGCUUGUUCGUGUGUGAGGUUAACUAAUGGCGCACCACUAUUUAUUUUCGUUUUUAUUUCGUUUUUGCAAUUAAAACUUGUUUUCCGCCUGCAUCUGUGGGAUGUGGGAAAACUAGUAUUCUAGUAUUUAAAUAUGUCCUCUGCUUGUUCUGCGUAUCUAUGAGUGAAUGAGUUGCACAGUUUAACAUGUCACAAGCGCGAACCUCGUGGAUUUGUCUGUAUCUUACUAUACGAGGAAAUGAACACACGAACUUCUUCCAUUCCACAGAGUUGAUCUAAGUUUAUUUUACGAGCAUUUCACUUUGAGGGAAGCUACUGUCAAACACACUGAAGCUCAAGCGUCUUCGCGACGACCCGCCAAAAUAAAAGUCUGUUUAAUUUGAACCAGAUGAUAAAAUAAUGGACUUGUAGUAAAUUUAUAAACUGUAGUAAACACUAUAGUAUGCUUAAUUAUUUACUAUAGUAAAGUUCAAAUAUAACUGCAAUAAAAUUAUUGUGUACCACAGUAUAACUAGUUAACUAGUAAAAAAAUAACUAGUUUAUUGUAGUAAAUACUACAGUUUACUACGUAUUUUAUGGACAAAUGUAUUUACUACUGUAUAGUAAAGCAUUGAAAAUACAGAACUCAGAAAAACUAAAAAGAACUAAAAAACUACUUUGGUAAAAACUAAAGAUACUAUGGCCCUAAUUUAUCCAUUUGUAUAACGUUAAUGUCCUUUUUCAGUUACCUGUCUAUUUAUGUGAUGACCUGAACUGUUGGCCUGUGCUACAAAACUUUGAACCUCUGUAGCACAAAAGUUAACGUACAGCCCUGACAUUAGGCUAAAUUUGGUCGAUUAAAUCUGUGUUUCAUGCCUACAGAUGCUGUCUUCAAGUGGAGUCGGAUAUAUCAUACUUAUGAGUUUCGAGCACAUGAACCACAAAGCGAAGUUGUACAAGUGAGAAACUCGGAAUUCUAGAUGAUACACGAGUUGAGAUGUUGUACAGGACACGUCAAUUUAAAACGAAUGAUUUUGAAGUUCCUUCAGUUUUACAUGCUGUGUUUUAAUUGGUAUUAUAAAUGUGUGAUGUACUGAACAGCUUAAGAAAACUUUUAUUUUAAAAAAAGGCUAAAAAAAUAAAUUCCAAUGACUAUUGCAAUGGGCUACCUGUUUGGGCACUUUAUGGUUGUAUAAAUUGACGUGGCAUAAAACAAUUAUUCAUUACGUCCACAGGAAAACAGUUGUUGUUACAUUAUUCAUAGCUUUGUUUGGUUUACACUACUUCCGUGUAAUUUUCUGUCUUCAAAAUGUAAAAUAUACACACAACUAUUCGACGUUUAUACCAUUGUUACGUAGACACCGGAUUUCAGCAGUUUAAUAAGCUGGCAGUGAUGAAUACUUGUGCAAAAAGUAACAUACCUGAUCUUUACCGCCCACAUAUACAAUAGCAGGCAUGAGCUCAUUGAGUUUUGGGUCAGCCUGUGGGUUUGUGCGGUCACGUCCCGUGGCUGUUACAGACAAGCUGUUAGGAGAAAAACAAAGAUGUAAAGAACGAGUCUCCUGUAGUUAGUUUCUCUUAUCGUAUAUGAAGAAAUGUGCUCGUUAUAUAACGUACUCCAUAUCUGUGAGUUCCCUGCACCGGCGGGGGAGAUCAUUCAUUGUAGCUCACGCCGCACACGUACAGGCGUGCACCAGUUCCUCUCUGUUUUCUGGCUUUGCUGAAGUCAUUAAAAACUGCUGAAAGGAGUGAAACCUGCUGCUGAGGUCUGUGCUCGUGCAUCUGAAAACAUUCACCGUCUCUGCCUCCAUAUUUACAGGAUGAUUUGAAUGUUAGUCACUGUUGUGCCGUUGUCAAAACUGAUCCAUGUUCUUCAUUGUUUUCUUCGUAACGCCAUCUGUACAAUUUGUAUAUUAUAAUAAAUAUGAUUUAUAUUU